CUUGUGUUAUGGUGGUCCAGAGACGCCAUCGUUUUUGGAGGAAAUUUUGCAUAUUUGGCUGUUGUGUGUUGUAUAAUUUAAUAGAAAAUACGGAAAUAUAAUUAUGUAUUAACUACCUAAAUAAUCUUCACCGUUUAGUAUUAUUGUAAUCGUGUUAAUUGUGUAUUUUCUUAAAUCAUUGUGCCACCAUAUCGAGGUUUCUUUCAGUUAAUCAGGUUCGGAUUAUGAAUGCUAUGAGCGUUUCGCCGGUGAAACCCGCCAUAAAUCCGGGGAAUCACGCAGUCGCCGCUACUGCUACAAAUCUAACCAAAUCGCCGUCGGCUAGCUUUCCUCCUAUUACUCCUAUCAGUUUGGUACCCGAAGCGAAGCCUGUGCCAGCUGUAAAUGCUGCGCCUGUGAAUGCCGAAAAUUCGGUCGAUUUGUGCUCGAAGCCUCCUACGUCGAACGGAAUUGUAUCACCUACCCCGGAAACUAAUAUUAAAGAAAACUCCGCUAACCCUGCGCAAAAUCAUAAUGAAAAAAGCGACCCUGUGCCGGAUUUGAUACCUGCAGAUGCUCCACCGAAACCGGUUGAAGUUGUUCCUGAAGUCAAGAAUGUAGAGAAACCCAAAUCAGAGGAGCUUAAGAGUGUUACUCCACCGAAAGAAAAUUCGGAACCUGUGAAAGAAAUUGUACCUGCGACGCCGGUCGAAUCGGCCAAAGAACCGCCGAAAGAUGAUAAACCAGCGCCAGUAGAAGCUAAACCGGAAUCCGCAGUUGUAAACGAUGUUAAGGACGGAAAAGAUAGUGAAUCUCAUCAAACUGAAGUCAAACCCAGCGAACCUGUACCGGAACCUAAAAAAGAAACUAAAAGCACGCCGGAGAAGGUCCAAGAUAAAAAGAAACCCGAAUCUGAAACGAACAACGAAAAAGAUGUUCAACCCGAAGCCAGUGCAACGGAGCCUGCUUCGGAAACUCCUGCUACGCCUAAACCUACUAAACGGAAAGCUAAAGCACCCGUUGAACCGGUUGAUGAUGAUGGCAAAGAGGGUAGAAAAUCUAAACGAACUCGUUUACCAACCCAGCCUUAUCAGAGUCCUAUUCCCGAGCUGCAGUUCAUUGCCAAAUUGCAAACUCCAGCCAAGGCGACACCUAAACCUCCUGCGGAAAAAAUAAUCGCAUUUUUCAAAAACGAAUUUUUGGCCGUCAGAAACCCCGAAGGAAGUUUUUACAUUUGCCAAGCGUUUCAAAAUAUUCACAGAAACAGUUCUCGAAUUAAAAUUAGAUGGUUUACGAAUCUGCCGAAUGACGAGUUCACGCCAGAUUUCUUCGACCAAACCGAAUUUGACUGCAUUUUGACGAACGUUACGAUGUCACGUGUUGAGAAAGAUCGAUGGAAGUUACCUGAAGUUGAACGUACUCGUGUAGAGAACAUUUUGAAAAGAGCUCUAGACGUAGAGAAAGGCGUAGCUGAACAACCUUCUAUUACCGAAGAACACCCCGACGGACUCGACUUGAGCUUGUUCAAAGACGAAGCUCAACUGAAAAAGAAAAAGAAGAAGAAAUCCGUAUCGCCCAAAGCGAACAAAAAGACGGUCGCGGCUAGCGAUACCGUCAAGAAGCCCGCAGCGUCCAAAUCAAAGAGAUCAACGGCAGGUACUCCCGCUAACACAUCUACCUCAUCGACCAAGAAAUCAGCUCGUUUAUCCAACCAAAGUCAAACAAGUGCUAAAGAAACAGCUCCGCAGAAACCCGCCAAACCGGCUGAGAACAAAACAAAAAAAGAUAAGAAGAAGAAAAAAGGUAAACAGGGGGCCGCUGCAAAAGCUUCGACUAAUGCUAAACAAAACGAUAAAGCAAAAGUGUGGGAGCCAUCGGUGAAAUCGUCCAAUUCGUCUAAAGUAAUUUUAUCUUUGAAAAAAGAAACACCCGCAGCUGCUUCGAAAACAGCCGCCGCUGAACCAACUACAAAAGCUGCCACCAAAAGAACUUCGAGCGUUUCUAGCCGGGCUAGCGCAACCAGUACUUCGCCUGCUGCUGUACCUCAGAAGAGAAGAAAAGAAGAACCCAAAACCGCCGCUGCUAAUCAGCCCACUACUAAUGAAAGAACUGGUAAAGUUAGAAAAUUGUUACUUUCAGAUGCAGGUUCGGCCGUCGCAGCGAAAAUAAAUUCGGCUGCCAUGAGAACAACUAAAGAAAAAGAACGUAAAACAUCGAAUUCCUCGAGUCAGCGCAAGAAAUGAUCAUUAUUUCGUAUAUGUAUUUAACGUAACCGGUUGUUGGUAUAAGUGUAUCGAGAACGAAGAUGAACAAUCCGAAGCCGUAUGAUUUGGUUACUUGGUUUUUUUGAUCGUACGUGUUAAGGCGUCCUUUUGAUAGUAAUGUAAAGACUGUAUAUUAUAACUAGGUAGCGCUGAUAUACCGAAUGUUUAAUGUAUAUAUCGAUGAUUCUUGUUAAAUGUUCCAAAAUUUUACAACGUUGUUAUUACUUUAUUACGUUUCAGUUUUUUUUUUUUUUUUUUUUUUACGUAUUUUAAUGUUUAUUUGAAUCAUUGUGCCCGUGUUUCUCGGUUUGAUCGUUGGAAAGGCAACUUAUCGAUGUAAUGAACACAUCAGAUAGUAGUCGUUCCUACGAAAUCGUCGUUUUAUUAAUUUUCAGGUAACUUAAUCGUUUUAUUUAUUUCUUUGUAUUUUUUCUUUCUCCAUCUCUCGCGUGUACGAUGGAUAUAAGUUGAUAUCUUUUUGAUUUUAUUGAAACAAAUUUUUAUCGUAGAACACAACAAACACUACAUCAAAAUCACCGAAGAGAUUUUGAACUUUUUAUUAGCUCUCAUUUAGAAGAAAAUGAAGACUAAGAAAAAAAUAUACGAAACUCGCGUAUUCGUAUAUUUUCAAGGUGCCAUUCGAAGUAAUUGAUCGCGUAAAAUGAAUCCUCACUAUCAAAAUUGAUACUUGACGUCGUCGCUGUCGCGUGUUUUUUUUGAUUCGUAAUCGAGAUAAGAAUCGUAGAUCGUCUUGUUUUGAAACGUGUCCCUGCUGCCGUGUAAGUUCGUCGAGUACAUUACACGGCAGCAUUUUGAGAAGUUGUGGAGUGCCUAAAUGAAACACGACGCUACCAAGCUAAUGACGAUGAGAUUAAAACAUCUUUUAUAUCCCCGCUAAAGUGCGCUUAGUUUUUUUACUUCUUUUUUUUUUCUACAUACAGAACCAACAUAGCUUGGUAUUUAGUUGAAACUUGGUCGAGUUUAACGAUGUAAUUAAAGCCAAGUAGCGCAAACUUUCUUUUUUUUUUCUUUCAUUGUCCCAAAGCAUAAAAGAGUAAAAGGCAGAAAGAGUUGUGUCGCUGGCAGACGCAUACUUUUUCCUGAUGUACGUAUUUUAUUAGAAUAAAAUGUUGUAAUUUACUGUGAUUCUGAAAUUUCCGUCGGUUUUGCGCAAUCAGUUACAUAACGUGUAAAUGUUGGUGUAUUAACUGUUGUAUAUUUCUUUCUUUUGUUUAAUUCGUAGCCAUUUCAUUAUCCCUUUUUUUUUUUUUUUUUUGCUUAAUAUGGUACAUUCUAAGCCUUUAUGUUUAUUUUACCUUUUUUUUUCUUUUUUUCAAAAUUACAACGUAAGGUAUAUUUUCUCUUUCUUUUUCAUCUCGUUGUACUACUCAGGGCCCAAAAUGGAAUUUUUAAAAAGAAAUAUUAUUACCUACGCUUUAUACCUUUCACAUAGGUAUGCUGUACAAGUAUCAUGUAAAUGGGCCUCGUCUUAAUAUUACUUAUUUAUUCGAGAUUGAUUUUUUUCUCUUUCUUUCUUUUGUAGCUUGUAUCAUGUUAUUAUGUGUAUAUAUCGAAUCGGAAUUUCAAACUAUCAUGUCAUUAUGAAAUUUAAUGCUUUUUGACGUAUUAUUUUUCUUUUUUUUUUUUUUUUGUGUAUUCUAUUUUUGUUUUCCCCUUUUGCGUUGUCAAUUUUUUGUUAUUUAACAUUUUAAAAAAUGAAAUUAUGGUAAUGCAAUAUUUCACUUGUACAAUUUUUCAUGUUGUAUGUAGUUUUAUUAUUAAAGUAUUGGAUAAAUUGUAAU